UUGUUGACUUGGAAACCGUCGAAGCGUUGUUGUUAAAGAUGGAGGACAGCACAAUCACUGCAGAGUAGAUACAUGCGCUAACCCUCGGCCAACUCUUCUGCUUCUUAUACAUACUUUUACGGACUGCUACUGUGGAGCGAGAAUGAGAGUCUUCAGUCCUGGAUUAUUCUCAUUUUGCGCUCGGAAAGAGAAACAUCACGCUGUCUGAGAAUGCCAGCAGGUGAGAGUGAAGACCGGGCAAAAACCCGGGAAAGAUUUAAUGAGGUCUUCAAGAAGUACACUGAAUCUGAGAAGAAAAAGUUGAAAAAGAAAAGCACUGAAACACCAGAGACUAUUGUGCUUCAGAAUCUAAAAAAAAAUCUCAACCUUGAGAAGGACACAGAAGACAAUGAGACCGUCCUCCAGAACACAUAUGACCCAGAAGAGGGCAGCCCUCACUACACUAAGAAUAAAAGAAGGGAGAGAGAAAUAGCAGGGAAGGUUAAUUUUAACAACAAUAGAAACCAAGAUGAGAUUAAAACAUCAAAAUCUAAAAGAAAAAGUAAGAGGGACCUUCCCUCUCCUCCUACGCCCGAGGACAUCGGAAGUCACAUCCAAGAGGAUGCAAAUGCACCAAAGCCUGAAAUUCCAUUGGAUCCAGAUGAUUCUGUAGGUGGAAAGGCCCCAAAGCAGAAAAAUAAAAAGGGAAAAAGCAAAGGAGAUACAGAGGCUAAAGAAGCAAGCCAGGUGGAGGACACAGAAGAUAAUCUAUUGCAUGAAUACCAGCAAAAGAUAGUAAAGGAGGAGCAGAGGACUUCAAGGAGGACAAGGGUCAAAGGAGAAGAUGAGAGUGCUGUCUCGCAAAGUGUUACGCUUAGCAAUGAUGUGGGGAAGAAGAAAAAGAAAAAGAUGAAAUCUGUAGUCACAGAUUCAGAUGCAGGGGAUCAAGAUGAAGAUACAGACCUGGAUGCUGAAGUGGAAAAUGAAACAGAAUCCAAGGGAAAGAAGAAAAAGAAGAAGAAAAAACAUGUUGUCAAAGAACAGAGUGAAGCGGAGUCAGAAGCACCUCAGAAACCAGUUUUUGAUGACAACCUUGUUCUUGGAGUGUACAUUCACAGAACAGACCGCCUCAAGACCGACUUGAUGAUUUCACACCCCAUGGUGAAGAUCCACGUCGUUGAUGAAGCCACAGGGCAAUAUGUGAAGAAAGAAGACUGUCAUCGCCCCGUAUCCUCAUUUUAUGAACAGGAAAACGUUGACCACGUUCUCCCCAUCAUGACCCAGCCUUAUGACUUCAAGAAGAACAAAUCAGUCAUCCCUGAGUGGCAGGAGCAGAUCAUCUUCAAUGAACGUUUUGGCUACUUUGUUCAACAACAUGACGAAGGCCCCAAAGUCAUACUGUUCUUUGAAAUCCUUGAUUUUGUGACUAUGGAAGAAGCAAGAGCCAACAUUGAUGUUGACAAGCAUGACCGAGGUUUCCGAAAGAUUGCCUGGGCAUUUCUGAAGCUUGUUGGCACAAAUGGUGUGCUGAAUAUUGACAGUAAACUUCGUCUCCAGCUCUUUUGCCCUCCACAUCGGGCAAAGAGCCAACCUAAAACAGUUGAGGUGGUUGAAUGGUGGAGAAAGUACCCAAGAACCAAAUAUGCAUCUACCCUUUAUGUUACAGUAAAAGGCAUUAAACUCCCUGAGCAUGUGGACCCUAGUAUUCGGUCUAUGAUGGCACUGCAGGAGGAGAGAGGCAGCACCUCCUAUAGUGAACUGCAGAAUGAGAUCACCAAGAGAAGUCUGACACAACCUCUAGACAGCAAACCUCCAAUCCUGAGAUGGAGCAGGCUGCCUGGUCAGAUCUGUCGAAUUCCUAACAAGCCAAUGCUGGCAUUUCGUGGGGGUCAGAUGGGCUGUUUCACAGUACUCUUUUCUCACGCUGGAACCAUACUGGCUGCUGCUUGUGCUGACAAAGAUGCGUUCCCUGUUGUAGUGUAUGAGAUUCCCUCUGGCAAGGUUUUGGCUGCCUUCAAUGGUCACCUCAAAAUAGUGUAUGAUCUCUGCUGGUCCAGAGAUGACCGCAGCCUUUUGUCUGCCUCCUCUGAUGGAACUGUCAGAGAGUGGAAUGUAGAGAGGCUUCAAGUAACAGCCCAGAAGGUGCUCCCUCAUCCAUCGUUUGUGUACAGUGCUCGGUACCAUCCUACAGCCCAGAACCUGGUGGUAACUGGGGGCUACGACUGCCUGAUACGAGUGUGGAGAGUUGAUGUCGGUGAUGUGAAUGGCCAGCUGCUGCAGGAGUUUGAGGGUCACAGCAGUUUCAUUAACACAGUUUGCUUUGACUCCGAAGGUCGAAGAAUGUUUUCUGGAGACAACAUGGGCCUCAUAAUUGUGUGGAAAACCUCAGUAAAUGACAGCAGGCAGCGGCAGCAGCCAUGUCGCCACUGGUGUAUAGAGAGGAAAAUUGAUGAGAGUGAUCUCAGUGGUAUCCCCAUCAACAUGCUGCAGCUCCAUCCGAAUGGGCGGUGCCUGCUCAUACAUGCCAAAGACAGUGUACUGAGGAUGAUGGAUUUGAGAAUUCUGGCUGUAAAGAAAUACACUGGAGCCAUUAACUACAGAGAGAGGAUUUACAGUACUUUUACACCAUGUGGGAACUUCAUCUUUUCUGGCAGUGAGGAUGGGAUGGCGUAUGUCUGGAAUACUGAUACAGGUGAUCAAGUUGCAGUAUAUUCAGAGCUUUGUUACCCCACGGCUCUCCACGGCGUGUCAUUUCACCCCUACGAGAACAUGGUAGCUUUCUGUGCCUUCGGUCAGAGCCAGCCUGUCCACGUGUACCUGUAUGACCGCAAAGUUUCCCAGAUGGAGGUGCGCAGUAUAAAAGCAGCAAGCAGAUCAGCUUCUGAAGAUAUCAGAACUGUUAUAAACACACCUGACCCUCUAGCUUUGCAGGACACAUCUAUUUCUGCAGCCAUGGAUCAGUUUGCCCAAGCAACAAGACUUGCACUGAAAAUGCAGUGUGUGAAGGAACAACUGGACUCAGUUCUGGAACCACGUCAAAGAUCUUCUGCUUCUGGAUUCAUUUAUGAGCAAGAUAAAUUAAGCAGUACUCACACAGGCCGGAGCUUCACAUCAGAUGUUGGCACAACAGGAUUAAAUGCCUCACUCCCACCUCCAUCUCUCCUGUCACCACACUCCAGACUGAAGCUUACUGGAGCUCUGGCAGAGCAGCUUAUCCCACAGGCUUCUCUGAGCACUCAGCCCCGUGGGUUCAGUCCUGUCGGUCAUCUUCUAAAAGGUGCUUCAUCUUUUAGACUACAGACGACUCUUUUUGACCACGUCUCUUCAGGGAUCCACGUAGAAACAGAUUCUGCACCUGUUCAGCAAGUAGUUGUUUCUCUUUAUGAUUACAAAGCAAAUCGCUCUGAUGAAUUGACCAUUCGCCGUGGUGAUGUCAUCCAAGUACUGUACAAAGACAACGAGAACUGGUGGUUUGGACGCCUUGAAAACGGGCAGCAGGGAUAUUUUCUUGCUUCUUACGUAGCAGAUCAGAGAGGUUACAAUGAAGAGGUGACUCACAUGGCUUUGUCUAAAGAGCCUGAUGAGAGGUCAACACCCACUAGGGUGUCUGCUGCUAUUAGUUCUUCUGGAGAACUUAGGUUUCUUUCCGAGCCGACGCUUUCCGACACAGAACCUGAGAUGGCAGUUACUAGAAGUAGAAGAAAAAAGAAGGUGAAAAAACCACGAGUCCCUGCAGCUUCCUCUCAAGCCACGUUUUCAGAUGCAGACGCAUCAGCGUCGACCAGUAGCACCAGGAGGAUAGGCAGAUCAGCAGGGCGACCUCUGCCAAAGAGGCCAACAGACCACACAAACGGUGCCUUUGAGCCUGAUCCAUAAACUCAUGGAAACAAACAGCAACCGUAUGUCUGCUUUAUUCUGAUUUUUAUUUCAGCUGUGAUCUAUUUUUUACUUUUUUUUGUUUGUAGAUAUUUUUUUAGUUUUGAAAAGUCACAGUUUGUAUUGCACCUAAUACAGAUUAAAUUUGUUAAAUAUGUUUAUAAAAAUAUUGUAAUUGUAUAAUGCUGAUAAACAUAUUUUUUGUACAUUGAGUAUUUUGAAUAACUUAUCUAUGUAAGAAAACAGAUAAUACUGUGUAAAUGUAUGUAAUAUUGUAAUUCCACUUGAUUACCCUGGAAGAGAUUUAAAAGUUUUACAUAUAUAUAUAUUUCUUCACAACAUAAAAAAAAUCCUUUAUAGUUUUAUUUCCAUUUUUAUAAUAAGCAGUCUUUGCAGUCCCUUAUAUUGUCACAUUUGAAUGCUAAUGUACAAAAAAUGAGUGAAAAAACCUCAAUAUCAGUGUUAAAUAAAUCUAUAAUGCAGGCAGAAAAGAAGGUAAAACAUUCAACAUUUCUAACUGCAGUGAAAUCUGCAAUAAAUUCCCUGUUUGAAGAAUUAGCACAGUAUGAAAGGUUCAUUACGACCUGUAUAACUGUUAUAUAACAUGAUUUUUAGAGGUAAUCGGAUGUUGAUGAAACAUUUACAUUCAGAUGCACCACCUUAAAUCAGUACACGUGCACUGCUUUACUUUUAAGCCACUGGCCAUAAAAACUCAUUCUUACUAACCAAACUGUGGGUGGCUGGUGUUAUUGUGUGUGAGUCAUCAUGGCAGUGUUGGAGAAACUAUUACAAGGCAGUUUAAAGUACUUUGGCAGGUGUUCGUGUCUGUGGAUACCUGCAUGGGAGUCUAACUUGUUGUUUACAUUUUAAUGUGCAUGUUGUUCCCCAAAUAAAUGAUCAAAUAUA